AUGUCGGCGGCAGUGGAAACCUUCGCAGUGGGAGACGCACAGGUGAACGGACAUGGAUCAAAACUCAACGGGUCAACUACACAGGUCAACGGCGCUUCGAACGCUCAGUUAAAUGGAUCGUCUCAGUUGAACGGAUCAGGCCAGCUGAACGGUUCUGCGUCUACUCAAUCGAGUUUAUGGGACGCGCAGUUCUUACCACCACCUUUAGUUUUGGAAGAUCGCGCGCGAGCCCUCAAGGUACAAUCGCGGCUGUCGGGGCUGGUGAUAUGCGGCGCCACGCUAUCGCGAGUCGGCGAGACGUUCUCCCGCGAGCUGGAGCGUGGACUCCGCCAGCUGCCAUCCAGCUUACAGAUGGAAAACACAUACGUGCCCGAAUUGCCUGAUGGCACAGAGGAGGGCGUGUUCCUGGCGCUGGACUUGGGCGGCACCAACUUCCGCGUGCUACUGCUGGAGCUGUCCAGCGGCCAGCUUGUUCGGGAGAAAGUCAAACAGUAUCACAUUAGUGACUCCCUUCGUCUCGGCCCCGGAGAAGAUCUCUUCAACUUCCUGGCAGAUUGUGUGCAAGAUUUCCUUCACUGCGAGGGCAUGGAGGACCACGAGCUGUCGCUAGGGUUCACAUUCUCGUUCCCGAUGCGGCAGCACUCGAUCUCGUCGGGCGAGCUGCUGACGUGGACGAAGUCGUUCUGCUGUUCUGGUAUGCGGGGCGUGGACGUGGCGGCGCUGCUGCAGCGCUGCCUCGACGCGCGCGGGCUGCGCGUCACCGUGCAAGUGCUGCUCAACGACACCACCGGCACGCUGGUCGCUGGCGCACGUCUCGACCCUGAUGUCGGAAUCGCCGUGAUAAUGGGCACCGGUUCUAAUGGAUGCUACGUUGAGCGUGCGGAGCGCGUGUCGCACUGGGAGGCUGCGCACGACCGCGUGCGAGACGUGGUCGUCGACAUCGAGUGGGGCGCCUUCGGAGACAACGGCUGCCUCGACUUCCUGCGCACCGAGUUCGACCGCGAGGUCGACAACAACUCGCUGCUUGCCACAUCUUUCACGUUUGAGAAGUACAUCGGCGGCAAGUACUUGGGCGAGGUGUUACGCGUGACGCUGAGUGCUCUGGCGCGGGACGGUCUGUUCCCCGCCGCGCCCGCAGAGCUCACCUCCGCGCACCUCAGCAUGUUCGAGGAGGAAAGUUGCGCGGGAGGGUGGGUGCGCACGGUGGCAGCGCUGCGCGAGGCGUGCGGCGCGGACAUCUCGCGCGCAGACGCGCUUGUCGCGCAGCACGUCGCACGCGUCAUCUCCAACCGCGCUGCCCAGCUCGUCUCCGUCUGCAUCGCACAGCUGCUGCGGCGCAUGGGGCGCGCGCGCGUGGCGGUGGCAGUGGACGGCUCCGUGUUCAAGCGCCACCCGCGCAUACAACUGCUCAUGCACAAGUACAUCGCACUGCUGGCACCGCACCACCCGUUCACGCUGCUGGGCGCGGAGGAUGGCAGCGGCAAGGGCUCGGCGCUGACAGCUGCCAUCGCGGCCCGCGUUGCUGCGCGCAAUUCGAGCCUUGCGAGCGCCUAG